AUGCACAGCCUUCUCAUCUCUGCUGUAUGCGAAGAAAUACAACCAACAGUCGUCUCCGCCGAAAAUGCAUUCUACGCAUGGAAGGCGCUCAAAGACCUCUACGAUCGUGUCUCACCCAACACCACGAUCACCCUCCUCAGCCGCGUCCUAGACACGAAGAUGCAAGAAGGCGGAUCACUGACCGAGCAUCUCGCGACCUUCGAUGCGAACUGGAAUACUCUCAAGUCCAGAUGCCAAAGCGCAGACCACAAACUCGCUCAGGCUCUCCUACCCCUCACCAAAUCUAACGAAGCCAUGGCGGCAUUCCUCCUAAGUUCCCUACCCAAAUCGAUGAGCAACGUCGUCGACAACAUCCAAACCAAACAGGAUGUUACCUACGAAGACGUACGCCAACGACUACAGAACCUGGAUGAGGUAGCCCCUCAAACAGGGAACAAGGUACUCCAUACCAGGAGUACCACAAGCGACAAGGAAUGCACCUGGUGCAAGAAAAGGGGACAGCCUUACAAAGGCCACGAGUACACGGAGUGCAGAAAGCUCAAAGAACAGAACAAGAACAGAAAGGGAAGGAGAAAGGACAACUCGGCAUCGGUUGUAGUAAAUGACUCUACAACCACUAUCUGUAUGGUACGCCACGACAUCUCCCAACCCCUUACUUGGAUCCUUGAUUCUGGAGCGACCUCUCACGUCACACCCUUCCAAGACCAACUCAUCAACAUCCGACCUCACACCGGCAAUGUCCGAACAGCUGAUGGAACCAACCACGCUGUCACCGGAAUGGGAAGCGCUAGUUUCAGCUGCCACCUUCCCGAUGGAAGUAGAUCUUCCAUUAUCCUCACCGAUGUGCUGUUGGUCCCAACCUUGGGAAAUGUGGGAUUGGUCUCCGAAACCGUGCUCGACAAAAAGGGAUUUAGAACGGAGUCAGGAGGAGGAAGCAAGUUGGUUACAAAAGAAAAGAAAGGAAUAAUUUGGGCAAAAUUGGAGAAGGGACUUUGGAAUGUACAAGUAGUUAGCAAUACAGUUCGUUUGACCUCUUACGAUGAAUGGCAUCAAGCGUUAGGCCACCCUGCGACACUAGAAAACUUGUAUCACGACAUUCAAAGGCUGCCUCCCAAACCAGAAAGUUUCCACUGCAGUCAAUGUGCACUAUCAAAAAGCGUACAUAAGAAACCUGCACCAAUUAGUACUAGAUCCAAACGACCAUUCGAACUAAUCCACUCCGAUCUAUCUGGAAAGUUCAGUAUACAGUCACAAGGAAAAUCUCAGUACUAUAUGUCCUUCAUCGAUGAUUUCACCCGCUUCGCAUGGAUAUACCUCCUGAAACAGAAAGAAGACGCAAAAAAGGCCAUCAAGGAUUACGUUACAAGGAUCGAGAAACAGUAUAGCACAACAAUACUGAGAUUCAGAACGGAUGGUGGUGGUGAAUACAUCAACAAGGACAUAACGAACUACUUCGAUUCACAAGGAAUAGUUCACGAACAGACUCCCCCAUACACUCCUGAAUCUAAUGGAGUUGCAGAACGAUUCAACAGGACGGUAACCACAAUGGUCAGGUGCAUGAUCAUGGACCACCCUAAGUCGUUAUGGGGGGAAGCAUAUGCAACAGCUGUCUACCUCAAAAACAGGCUACCUCACAGUACGCUUAAGGGAAAAACCCCCUUUGAAGCCCUGAAAGGAACCAAGCCAAGUAUACAACACCUUCAACCAUUCGGCAAAAAAUGCUAUGUCCACAUCCCAGAAAACUCUAGGCCAGCAGGAAGCAAACUAGCACCCCGAGCGUAUGAAGGAAUCAUAGUUGGAUACUCAGACAGUAAUAAAAUAUACCGUAUCUGGAUAGGAACACAACAUAGGGUAAUUGAAAGUCGGGACGUCACAUUCCCCCCUCCUGAAUCAGGGGAAGUCUCAGUGGAACUCGACUUCAUCCCCAGCCUGAAACCAGAAACGGCAAAUGCACCAUCAGACGACGGAUACGAAUCAGAAGACAGGUCUGAUCCAGAACCCGAGUCAAAUGCAAUCGAAGAGAACCGUACAGAAAUGCCAGGAUUGUUCCCGGAAUCACCGGAACUGGUUAGAAAACCACCACCGGCUACACCAGACAAGGGAAAACAACCUGCCGUACCUAUGGGACAAUCGCGAGACCCAAGAGACAACUGGGAGAAAAUUCCAGCACCAGUCGUACCAUUCAAAGGUUUCAAAGGAAAAUAUCACGGGGACUGUAGGCGAUAG